UUUUUUUUUGCAAUUGGAUACGUUGUCGUUGUUGUUGUUGCUACGAUUGUAUUUUAUACUCCUGGUGUUAUGAAUGAUGGAGUAGAUUUGACACGGGGUGUCAUGCCUCCCGAUUCUAUUUUUAGCAAGCGGCAGAAAGCGAAGGAGACGUCACGCGGGGUGUCAUGUAUAUUUAAAUGCUGCGGUGCGUGUUCAAAGUGUGACAUACCGGCGGCUGAGUUCCACGGAUAUGCGGCUUCGUCCGCAAACCACGUGACCCUGCCAGCUCCCCCACACGUCCUUCGUUCGGCAUGAUGGCUGCGGAUGCUGCUCCCUGCCGCAUCCUGCAUCCUCUCCUCCUUUUCAUCCUCUUUCUCUCGAGGCUCGCAGCUCCCGCCGCGGCUCUGCUCGGCGUCCGGCCCGAGGACACCCAAAGCGGAGAGCUAUCCGUGCAGAACGGCGUCCUGAGAGCCACGGAGGGGACUCGCUUCGUGUUGAGGGUUUACUACACGGAGCAUCCGCGCGUGAACCGGAGCGGGGCGGCCGAAGCGGCUGCAGCUGCGCCGUGGAUCGCCUUUAUCGAAGAACCGGAUCGGGAUGCGGAUCGCUCCAGGGGGAACCCGUGCGAGGAGGAGAGCGCCCGGACUUCUGACAUUGAGCUGCUGGGUUCGUUUAAAUCCGCCUCCAGCCACAACUCGGUGCUCGUCGAGAUCCUCGCCAAGCACUUGCGCCGAGGCGAGGCGGUCAAGUAUUACUCCAUGUGCGCCUUCGACGGCGUCAAAUGGGAACACUUCGACACGAGGGACUUUUGGUUGGCGGUGGUGGAGAGACCCGCCGAGGCGGACGCGUGGCUGCAAGCCGGCGUGUCCGUGCUGCUUUUGGGGCUCUCGGCACUGUGCAGCGGGCUCAACAUCAGCAUGCUGGCGUUGGACCCCGUGGAGCUGCGGGUGCUGCAGAACAGCGGCACCCAGAAGGAGCAGAAGUACGCGCGGAAGAUUGAGUCUGUGCGCAAACACGGCAACUACAUCCUAUGCACCGUGGUGCUGGGUAACGUCCUCACCAACACUUGCUUCGUGGUGUGGAUGUGUCAGAUUUUAGGAAUGACUGCGCUUUCCACCGCAUCCUGCACUUUGGGGAUUUUCUUCAUCGGGGAGAUAUUGCCCCAUUCGGUGGCAUCCCGGCACAGCCUCGCCAUCGCGUCCAAGACUCUUUGCGCCACCCGGCUCCUCAUGCUCCUCUUCCUGCCCAUCGCCUAUCCGGUGUCCAAGAUCCUGGACUUUCUGCUCCACCAGGAGAUCUCCAGCUUCUACACGCGAGAGAAGCUGGUGGCCAUGCUCCGCGUCACCGACCCGUACCACGACCUGGUGAAGGAGGAGCUCAACAUUAUCCAAGGGGCUCUGGAGCUGAGGACCAAGACCGUAGAGGACGUGCUUACCCCUCUGUCCGACUGCUACAUGCUGUCUUCGGACGCCGCGCUGGACUUUGGCACCAUGUCUGACGUGAUGCAGAGCGGCUUCACCAGGAUCCCCGUGUACGAGAACGAGCGGUCCAACAUUGUGGACAUCCUGUUCGUAAAGGACCUGGCCUUCGUGGACCCCGAUGACUGCACCCCGCUCAAGACCAUCACAGAGUUCUACAAGCACCCCAUGCAUUGCGUCUUCAAUGAUACCAAGCUGGACGUGAUGCUGGAGGAAUUCAAACGAGGCAAAUCCCACCUGGCUGUAGUGCAGCGGGUCAACAACGAAGGGGAGGGAGACCCUUUCUACGAGGUGAUGGGCAUUGUCACCCUGGAGGACGUCAUCGAAGAGAUCAUCAAAUCUGAGAUUGUGGAUGAGACGGAUCUUUACACUGAUAAUCGGACAAAAAGGCGAGUAUCGCACUACGAGAGGAAACAACAGGACUUUUCCAUAUUCAAAGUGGCAGAAAAUGAGCUGAGUGUGAAGAUCUCUCCCCAGUUGUUGCUGGCAACACAUCGCUUCUUGGCUACUGAGGUGGAGCCGUUCAGGCCGUGUCACCUGUCAGAGAAGAUCUUGCUCCGUCUCAUUAAGCAUCCCAGUGUGGUGCAAGAACUCAAGUUCAACCCCAAGAACAAACACGCUGCUCAGCACUACCUCUUCCAAAGGAACAAACCCGUCGACUUCUUUGUCCUCAUCCUGCAGGGACGGGUGGAAGUAGAAGUCGGAAAGGAGGCCCUCCGCUUUGAAAAUGGAGCAUUUUCCUACUACGGCAUGCCAGCCCUCAUACCGCCCCUGCCAAUUGGUCAUCGAUACAACUCUCGCAGCAGUGGUCUGAACCAAUCAGACUCGCUGCUGAGUGGCGGCAGUAUUGGUCAGCUCUCUGCAGGAGGGCUCUACUUACCAGACUACUCGGUCCGACAGCUCACAGACCUGCAGAUCAUCAAGAUAAUCAGGACGCACUACCAAAACGCCCUAACGGCCACACGGAUGGACAGCUCCCCCCAGACGCCGGACCCGGUGGACCCAGACACGAAAGGGAGACAGUCUGUGGUGGAAGCUCGUUCCCACAGUAUCGCCCUCCCCCUCACCAGCGCCCACACCCGCCUGGGACUGGCUCGGCUAGCUCAGCUCCAUCCCCACGCGGGCCUUCGCAACACCUGCAGGCUCAAUGAGAGAAAUCGUAUUGUUCGUAGCAAAUCUGAUGGCCAGCGGAGUCCCAAUGACACCGUGUUCCUCCGUAUGGAUGAGAUUCCCUACAUCCAAGAGGAUCGACCAGAAAAUUAUGGAGAAAACGGUCAGCAUUUCGAUGUGCCUACAGACUCCCAGCCAUCAUCCACCUCUCCUUACAUCAGCUCUCGCUCUCUGUCCAGUUCUGAAGAGAACGUCGGGAAGAAGCUCCUGCAGAAAUUGAGUAACAAAAGAAGAAAAAAGUCACGGGAUGGAGAAAGAAGCUUGGAGGAAGGUCUGGAGCAGCCUCCAGUGACAAGCUAGCACACCUCUUUAUUUAUUUUGACCUUUCUCAUCCAAGCGUCACACAGACUCCCUCGAUGCCCCUGCACCUUCCUCCAGAGGCCAUUAUCAUCAUGUUCUAUAGUUACCAGUGCUCUCAGGUCUUCACGGAUACUCUGUCCCCAAACUGCCUCCCUUCACACCUUCCUUGAUUGAGACAAAAAGGGAACAACACAUGGGGGGGGGGCUAAAUGGAAGUGGGGUUGUCAAUUCCAAAUAGCAAUACAUUGGCUUAAUUGGCCUUAUGCGGUGGUUCAAUUAUCCUACUGGGAAGUAAAGCCUCUGUUACACCUUUCACAGUAAGCUGGUGCCAGUGCUGGUUGGGUACAUGUGUUUGGGCCAGAGUUUGCUGAUUUAAAAUGGCCCCUCGGGACCUGGUGUGCCCACGUCAUUGAAGCCUUGCUGCCAGUUUUGCAGCUCCAAUGUGUACUUUUGCAGUCAUAUAAAAAAACUGGAAUCAAGGCAACCGGACUCUUGUUUGUUGAAAAUGUUUCACCUUGAAUUUAAAAGGUGUCUUCAGGUCUAAAUUGCCGUUGUUGUUGUUGCUGCUGUACAUGGCUGGUGACAACCGUCCUAGAAACGAACCGGUUGCUCACCUGCAGAGCGGCAACACAGAAUUUGGACGUUGUUGUCCUCAAAGAAAUGUUGUAGCAUUUGUUUGUGUGAAAACUACUUAGUGUCUCCCAUAUAGAGGUCACUGCACUCCUCAUGAUACGGCACCGCAUGAACAACAUUGUUGAGUUUGCUUCUCAGGAUUUUGCCCUUAGCGUGUGAACCAGCUUUUAUCUGAGGGUAAUAGUGGAUUUGAAAUGCACUGGUAUGUUAUGUGAUAUGGAGAACAUCAUUCUGAGUCUCUUUUCUUGGUCCUCAAAGGUUCUGAAACCCCCUAGCACAGGCACCAUCUCAGUGUGAUAGAUGUAGAAGUCAUUUAAGCUACGAAGUGUCAAUGAUAGAUCAUUCAUCUCAAUCAAAGCCAAUUGUUGUGACAAUUUAGCAGGGUAAUGCACUACACCAUGAUGCAUUUUAGUAGAAAAAUUAUGAAAAUUGGGCGUGUCUCAAUGUGACGUAUGUAAAACAUUAUUAUUGUAUUUUUGGGGGGAGGCGGUAACCACUAACUUUAAAUACCAGCCAUCCUCCCAUUUUCUAUCGCAGGUGAGCAUGACUUUGGUUGAGGCACAUUGCACCACCCUGGGUUGGACAAAAUAAUGACAUUUAAAACAUUUUUUAGUUCCCCGAAAAAUCCAAUUAGUGCAUAUUAUAUAUUAUAUUCACUUUUUGUAUGAUUUCCUGCCAAAUAGUUAUGAGGACAUACUUACCAUCAGCAAAGGGGAACGUAUCAUAUUUUGUUUCAGAUUGUGAGGCAGUUUGCAACUGGAAUUGUUUGCCAAACUCGCGUCGCAAGGGCGCCAUCUACUGCCAACACACAAAGAAGAA